AUGCAGAUGUCCCAGUUGUGGACGUUGCAGCUGGCUGCUCUGGGCCUGGAGUUUUGGCCAUUCUCCUCUGGUCCUGGAGUCCUGGACCUUCUCCUCUGGUCCUGGAGUCCUGGACCUUCUCCUCUGGUCCUGGAGUCCUGGACCUUCUCCUCUGGUCCUGGAGUCCUGGACCUUCUCCUCUGGUCCUGGAGUCCUGGAACUUCUCCUCUGGUCCUGGAGUCCUGGACCUUCUCCUCUGGUCCUGGAGUCCUGGACCUUCUCCUCUGGUCCUGGAGUCCUGGACCUUCUCCUCUGGUCCUGGAGUCCUGGACCUUCUCCUCUGGUCCUGGAGUCCUGGACCUUCUCCUCUGGUCCUGGAGUCCUGGACCUUCUCCUCUGGUCCUGGAGUCCUGGACCUUCUCCUCUGGUCCUGGAGUCCUGGACCUUCUCCUCUGGUCCUGGAGUCCUGGACCUUCUCCUCUGGUCCUGGAGUCCUGGACCUUCUCCUCUGGUCCUGGAGUCCUGGACCUUCUCCUCUGGUCCUGGAGUCCUGGACCUUCUCCUCUGGUCCUGGAGUCCUGGACCUUCUCCUCUGGUCCUGGAGUCCUGGACCUUCUCCUCUGGUCCUGGAGUCCUGGACCUUCUCCUCUGGUCCUGGAGUCCUGGACCUUCUCCUCUGGUCCUGGAGUCCUGGACCUUCUCCUCUGGUCCUGGAGUCCUGGACCUUCUCCUCUGGUCCUGGAGUCCUGGACCUUCUCCUCUGGUCCUGGAGUCCUGGACCUUCUCCUCUGGUCCUGGAGUCCUGGACCUUCUCCUCUGGUCCUGGAGUCCUGGACCUUCUCCUCUGGUCCUGGAGUCCUGGACCUUCUCCUCUGGUCCUGGAGUCCUGGACCUUCUCCUCUGGUCCUGGAGUCCUGGACCUUCUCCUCUGGUCCUGGAGUCCUGGACCUUCUCCUCUGGUCCUGGAGUCCUGGACCUUCUCCUCUGGUCCUGGAGUCCUGGACCUUCUCCUCUGGUCCUGGAGUCCUGGACCUUCUCCUCUGGUCCUGGAGUCCUGGACCUUCUCCUCUGGUCCUGGAGUCCUGGACCUUCUCCUCUGACCCUCAGACCCGGGAUCCCUGGACUCCCCUGGUCCGGCUUUUCUCUGCUGAGCGUGGGACUGUGAGCCGCCAUCAUUCGGUGCUGCGCAGGCGCCAUGUCCUCCAAUGGAGACCUCAGCCCGGCCUCCGACAGCUUCUGGGAGGACUGGGCGUGGACCGAGGACUGGGCGUGGACCGAGGACUGGGCGUGGACCGAGGACUGGGCGUGGACCGAGGACUGGGCGUGGACCGAGGACUGGGCGUGGACCGAGGACUGGGCGUGGACCGAGGACUGGGCGUGGACCGAGGACUGGGCGUGGACCGAGGACUGGGCGUGGACCGAGGACUGGGCGUGGACCGAGGACUGGGCGUGGACCGAGGACUGGGCGUGGACCGAGGACUGGGCGUGGACCGAGGACUGGGCGUGGACCGAGGACUGGGCACAGAGGACUGGGCACAGAGGACUGGGCACAGAGGACUGGGCACAGAGGACUGGGCACAGAGGACUGGGCACAGAGGACUGGGCACAGAGGACUGGGCACAGAGGACUGGGCACAGAGGACUGGGCACAGAGGACUGGGCACAGAGGACUGGGCACAGAGGACUGGGCACAGAGGACUGGGCACCGAGGACUGGAAAAUCUUUUCCGGGGAACUAUAAGAGCACGGUGAAACGCAUCGACGACGGCCACCGACUAUGCAGCGACCUGAUGAGCUGCUUCCAGGAGCGCGCCAAGAUCGAGAAGAGCUACGCCCUCCAGCUCAGCGACUGGGCCAAGAGGUGGAGGAGCCACGUGGAGAAAGGUCCUCAGUACGGGACUCUGGAGAAGGCCUGGCACGCCUUCAUGAGCGCGGCGGAGCGACUGAGCGAGCUGCACAUGGAGCUGCGGGAGCGGCUGGUGAGCGAGGACGCCGAGAGGGUGCGGCUCUGGCAGAAGGACUCCUACCACAAGCAGCUGAUGGGCGGGUUCAAGGAGACCCGGGAUGCCCAGGACGGCUUCCACAAGGCCCAGAAACCCUGGGUCCGCAAGCUCCGCGAGGUGGAGGUGUGUAAGAAGUCGUACCAUCAGACCCGAAAAGAGGAGUGGAGCGCGUCGAACAGAGAGACUCACGCUAAAGCUGACCCCAGCAAGUCCCAGGAGGAGGUCCGCAAGUUUUCAGCCCGAGUGGAGCGCUGCACCGAGGAGGCCGAAAAGGCGAAGGAGCGGUACUCGAAGGCCCUGGAGGAGCUGAACCGCUGUAACCCGCGCUACAUGGAGGACAUGGAGACCGUGUUCGAGCUGACGCAGGAGAGCGAGAGGAGCCGCCUCGGCUUCUUCAAAGAGGUGCUUCUGGAGAUCCACCAACACCUGGACCUCAGCACCAAGGAGGGAUUUGCUGCGCUCUACACAGACCUGGGUCAGUGCAUCCGCUCGGUCAGUGACUCUGAGGACCUGCGCUGGUGGAGGAACACACAUGGUCCCGGGAUGACCAUGAGCUGGCCCCAGUUUGAGGAGUGGAGUCCGGACCUGAGUCGCUCCAUCAGUCGUAAAGAGCGCGGACACAGCGAAGAGGAGAACGUGGUCACUCUGACUAACAUCGUGUCAUCUGGAGACGCACCGCCAAGCCCCGCCCCAGCCACGCCCAUCAGGGUGAAGGAGGACUCCUCUGAUUGGUCGGAUGAUGAGAGCCCGAAGAAGGCGCUUCCGGCAAACGGCGUGCACGAGGUGGGCGUGUACGUGAAAGCGCUGUACGAUUACAUCGGGCAGGAGGCCGACGAGCUCAGCUUCAAAGCAGGGGAGCAGCUGCUGAAGCUCGGGGAGGAGGACGAGCAGGGCUGGUGCAGGGGACGGCUGAGCUCCGGGCAGACGGGGCUCUACCCGGCCAACUACGCCCAGCCCAUCAGCUCCUGA